CACUCAUCCAAACUAGUCCCUCCUCUCCCGCCUCCAAUGGAUGGAUUCGAUCAUUCCACUGCUCCCCCGGAGUAUCACGAGUUGAAAUGGCUCGUCAACAUUUUCGUCAUCGGAAUGGCCGUCAGCUGGGGCGCCCAUUAUGUGGAAAUGGCGUACACCUCUGCCAGAGACAAAACAUACUGCAUGACGAUCGUGGGCCAAUGUAUCAACUUUGCCUGGGAGUUUGUGUAUUGUGUAUUGUAUCCUGCGAAAGGAUUUGCCGAGCGCAUGGCUUUCCUCUUGGGCCUUAUUCUUGAUCUGGGCGUCAUCUACGUGGCGGCCAAGAAUGCUCCAAACGAAUGGGCUCACUCCCCACUUGUGAGGGACAACAUGCUUCUUGUAUUCACAGCAAUGACGCUUGUGUUGCUGAGUGGGCAGAUGGCUCUGGUAGCCCAAUUCGGGCCGGCAGCAGCUUACUCAUGGGGCGCUAUUGCGUGCCAGAUGUGCAUCAGCGUAGGCAAUGUGUUCCAACUGCUGAGUCGAGGAAACACGCGUGGCGCUUCAUGGACGUUGUGGAUCUCAAGGUUCUUUGGAUCGACAACAGCCAUGGGCUUUGCUCUCGUUCGAUACUUCUACUGGCCGGAAGCAUUUUCGUGGUUGAACUGUCCAAUUAUAUGGUGGUCUGUGGCCACAUUUUUCCUCUCCGAGUUGCUGUAUGGGUUCCUAUAUUUUCUUGUCAAGCGGCGCGAAGAGGAAUCCCAGCAUAUCAAGUAUAAGCAGAGAUAGAUCACUCUUUUAGAGACGGGUCUGCCAGAUGGCCACCACUGGCGAUUGAGGGCAUAUACAUUGUAACACAGCCACCAUGGUACCUGACGAAUUGGCGGGAAAAGUUCAUAUUGUGUCACAUUCUUUAGUAUCUGUCGUGGUCAACGGAGUAUCUGCUCGUACUGCACAGCAUCAGUUGGGCCAGGUCAAGAUGUCAUGUAUCUAUGGUUAGACGCAUUGAGUACACCAUUUGGAAUCUAGAGCAGUCUCAGAUCAAUUGUGACGGGAUGUCCAGCUACACUUGCCUUUCGUUCCCUG